AUACCUGUCUCAACAACACUUCUUAUAGUAUAAGUAGAGUGGUACCACAAGGUAACAUUGAACUGUCAGUAUUAUUUUGAUGCAGUGUUUGGAACUAUUCGUCUUAAUAUGUUUGUAAAAGUGGCAGUUCUAGUUUUUUGCUUGGUUUGUCUUGCUGAUGGAAAAUUACCUUCAUACUUCAAGGUCUGCAAACGUUCGGACCCCAAUCUAGACAAAUGUGUUACGGAUUCAGUUAUGACUCUUAAACCUCAACUUGCAAAAGGAAUACCAGAGUUAGAAAUCCCACCAUUGGAACCAUUCGAUUUAGAUACAAUAGUUUUAAAAAGUGGAAAUGCUGGAGUCAGGAUAGACGCAAAUUUUUCUAAGCUUAUUGCCACAGGAGCGUCUGGAUUUGAAGUAUAUGAUAUAAAGUGCGAUAUACCCAAAAACGUAUUUUUAUUUAAGCUCAAAAUACCACAUUUAGAAUUCAAUGGUGAUUACGACAUUGAUAUGAAUGUCUUGGUUUUAAAGUACAAAGGUAGCGGGCCAAUUUCCGGAAACUUUACCGACCUGGACGUACAAGUUAGAUUAAAAGGCCACAUAAAAAAAAUUGAUGGUAAAAAUUACCAAACAUUCGAAAAAAUUUUAAUACUGUUGAAAGUUGGAGGUUCGCACUUAAAACUGGGAAACCUGUUUCUUAAUCAAAAAGGUUUAGGAGAUGCCACGAAUCAGGUUGUUAACGACAAUGCUGAUAUAUUUUUAAAAGAAAUACGACCUGCCCUAGUAGACUCUUUAUCAGACAAAUUCACUUUAAUAGCGAAUAAAGUGUGUAGAAUGUUUACUUAUGACGAGCUGUUCCCAAUGUAAUCUCUAUUAAAGUGAUACAUGAGUGAUAUUUUUUGUUUUAGAUAGUUUUUUAGGUAAUAAACUGUAAUGAAACUAA